CUACAUAAACAACUUCUCCGCAAACCCCUCCAGAGAGAGAAAGAGGCCCACACCAAAACACUGCGGUAUGAGCGCUGAGUUGAACCGGAGCUACCGAGUCUGCGAGGAGAUCGGCCGGGGGAGGUUCGGCGUCGUCUUCAAGUGCUACUCUCCGGAUUCCGGCGAGGCGUUCGCCGUCAAAUCGAUCGAGAAGCGACUCAUCGCCGACGACUCCGUCGACAGACAAUGCCUCUUCAACGAAGCCAAGGUCAUGCUGCGUCUCUCCUCCAACCCCUACGCCCUCCGCAUCUUCGACGUCUUCGAGGACGACGAUCACCUCCAUCUCGUCUUCGAGCUCUGCGCGUCCUCCGAUCUCUUCCACCGUAUCUCCUCCCGCCCUGUCUUCUCCGAGGCCGAAGCCCUAACCGUUAUGGCACCGUUAAUGGAGGCGAUCGCGCAUUGUCACCGGCUCGGCGUUGCUCACAGGGACAUCAAACCGGAAAACGUGCUCUACAACGAGUGGGGGGAGAUGAAACUAGCCGAUUUCGGUUCGGCUGAGUGUUUCGGUGAGGGCCAGCUGAUGAGCGGAGUGGUGGGGACGCCAUACUAUGUGGCGCCGGAGGUGUUGGCCGGAAGGGACUACACGGAGAAGGUCGACGUGUGGAGCGCCGGCGUCAUUCUGUACAUAAUGCUCGCCGGAGUCCCGCCUUUUUACGGGGACUCUGCGGAAAAAAUCUUCGAAGCCGUACUCAGAGCCAAUCUCCGGUUUCCGUUGAGGAUCUUCAGCGCCGUAUCGCCGGGAGCUAAGGAUCUGCUCCGGAGGAUGCUCUGCAAGGACGUUUCCAGAAGAUUCUCGGCUGAACAAGUGCUGAGGCAUCCAUGGAUGACAAGCAAUGGAGAAAGCAGGGGAGUCGGUGUUCUAGCCUAACCACUAGUAUUAUGUAAGGCAUGUUUGGAAAUAGCAUUAGAGAUUAGCGUUAGCGUUUUGGAUAAAAUUUUAACGGUACAAAUUACUUUGAAAACGUUAAACGCUGCCCGCAAAUAGCUUUUUCAAAACGCUAACAUUAAUAUCUAACGUUAUUCUCAAACAGACCCGUACUCCGUAUAUACUAGUACUUCGUACCGAAUACAUAGUACUCCGAUCC